UGAUCACAACAACAAACAUUUACCGCGAAAACUGUCUACGCGAGUACAUUGGAAAUAGCUAGCUAGCUAGCUAAGACUUUAUCCCCCCAAAAAUAUCGACAUCUUUCAGUUACAAACAAAUUUAUAAUGUUCUGCGAAAAGGCAGUCGAGCUUAUUAGAGAACUACAUCGAAUGGGCGACGGUCAGCUGCCCGCCUUUAAUGUAAUAGAAUGCUUCAAAUAUGUAAAAACAAAUGUGUGUGUGUGUAUAUAUAGGCCUAUCAGCACUGACCAUUUAAUUCCCAUUCAGGUGCGCUGUCUUAAAGACCAUGGAGAAUUUGAAAUAGAUGAUGGCACUGUCAUUCUGUUGAAGAAAAAUAGCCAGCACUUUUUACCCAGAUGGAAAUGUGAGCAGCUUAUUCGGCAGGGUGUAUUAGAGCACGUCAUCUCCUAACAAGAAGCAGCUGUAUUGUGGAUACUUUCCUUCACGUUCAUGUGGAUAUUACAACUUUAAAUUAGAGUGAAUUAUCUAAUCAGAAAGCUACACGUGUACACAGGUAAAACUUUACUUGGUCACAUUCUUUACAGUGGUACAUGAUGCAUUUACAACACUUUCAUCUCCCAACAGUUAGCCAGCUCUUUUAAAUGAUGUGUACAUCAUAAGAGACAUCUGCAACACAAUUUAUAUCAAAGUGGACAUUAGUGCAUCAUGAUUGACAACUGUGCAAUUACAAGAUAGUAUUUGUAUCAAAACUGUACAUUGUGUGAAUACUGUGCUUUUGGUUAUUGCACCACAAUGGGCAUUAAAACUGCAGUAAAAAGUGUUUUUUUUUUUUUACAAGCAAAUAUUGAAGUCAACACAUUUACAAGAAUGCUUGCAGUUUGUAGCCUACAUCACAGUGAACAACUGAAGGAAUGUGUAAUGCUCUGUCCUUAAUAAAUGAUCAAAUCUCAUACUACAAAA